AUGAAUGAAGCACUGCAGCGAAGGGACACUACCGCUGGCAUUCCUCGACCUGAGCUAUUUUCACAUUUCGACUGCAGAGGUGAGCAGCAUGUCUUUGGCAUCCGGUAUGGCCUGCUGCUGGAUGCGCUGUCGGUGUUUGGCACGAUGUACGGAAUGCAGGAACUGCAGAUGAGGUACCCUGGGCCUGAGAGAGAGCUUAUCUUGGAGAUGAGUGAGGGACCUGGUGGGAAUCCAUCUUGCAUGUACGCACGACUUGACACAGUGGACGUCGCUCCGCCAAGGGACCUGGGAGAUUACAUAAAGGACCCUCUUUCAUUUUUCCACAUCCAAGGAUCCGUGCUAAAGGAGGCGACGGACGACCUGGAGUGGCCUCACGGCGCUGUCUUCGUGUCGCUGGAUUCCUGCAAUGGCAUCAGCCUCAGCUCGGAAGGCACUGGAGACCUGCAAGUCGAGCUGCCCAUGGACAGGGUGUCCGGCUUUCAGUGCGGAGUGCCGCGGCUGUCCUGGCCGUACCGCUGGCGUCAACUCCACACCGCCUUCUCCAAGAUCCCGCAGGACAAGGGGGACCAGGGAGUGUCAACGAAGGUGACCAUUGACGCCAACGGGCUGAUGAAGGUGACCCACAUGGUGAAUUUGCGCGCCAUGCUGGAAGGUGGCGGAAACGGCGCAGCUGCGGAGCGGCAGGUGCGGCUGAAUGGGAGUCUUGUACAUUUCAUUGACAGUAAGGUGAUUAGGCAAUUGCCAUGCUCUUGGGUGGCAAUGGCGUCCAGAGUGCUUGCUCCAGUCGCCCGGGGCGACAGGAAUACACUCUGGGAUUGCGUGUGCAUCUAUUGGCGUCAUUGUCGUGGCUCUUUCGAUUCUAAUGUUGCAUGCCCUUUGUGCCACUCCUUCACCUCGCUUAGCAGUCAUCUGUGUAUUGAUGAGCUUCCAAGUACUGCAAAGUCAACUGCGAUGCUUGCAAGGUGUCAGUGCGAACUUGUGCUGCUCACGUCCACAGCCGCAGUCCAAAUUUUGUCCAUCAGCAUCGUCACCAUCAUCUUGUACAGAACAAGGCAAUGA